UCGGGCCCCGCGCGUCCCGCUCCCAUGGCCGCCCCCGGCUCCCCGCGCUGCCCCCUCUCCCCCGGGCCGCGCCCCGGGGCCCCGCACUGACGGCCCAUGGCGCCGCCCGCCGCCCGCCUCGCCUUGCUCUCCGCCGCCGCGCUCACGCUGGCGGCCCGGCCCGCGCCCAGCCCGGUUCUCGGCCCAGGACCCGAGUGUUUCACAGCCAAUGGUGCGGAUUACAGGGGAACACAGAACUGGACAGCGCUGCAAGGCGGGAAGCCAUGCCUGUUCUGGAACGAGACUUUCCAGCAUCCCUACAACACUCUGAAAUAUCCCAACGGGGAGGGGGGCCUGGGUGACCAUAACUAUUGCAGAAACCCAGAUGGAGAUGUGAGCCCCUGGUGCUACGUGGCCGAGCAUGAGGAUGGUGUCUACUGGAAAUACUGCGAGAUUCCUGCUUGUCAGAUGCCUGGAAACCUUGGCUGCUACAAGGAUCAUGGAAACCCACCUCCUCUGACUGGCACCAGUAAAACGUCCAACAAACUUACCAUCCAAACUUGCAUCAGUUUUUGUCGGAGUCAGAGGUUCAAGUUUGCCGGGAUGGAGUCGGGCUACGCUUGCUUCUGUGGAAACAAUCCCGACUACUGGAAGUAUGGGGAGGCAGUCAGCACUGAAUGCAACAGCGUCUGCUUCGGGGAUCACACCCAGCCCUGUGGUGGCGACGGCAGGGUCAUCCUCUUCGACACCCGUGUCGGCGCCUGUGGUGGGAAUUACUCAGCCAUGACUUCCGUGAUCUACUCUCCUGACUUUCCCGACACCUAUGCCACAGGGCGGGUCUGCUACUGGACCAUCCGUGUCCCAGGAGCCUCCCACAUCCACUUCAACUUCACCUUAUUUGACAUCAGGGAUUCCGCAGACAUGGUGGAGCUGCUGGACGGCUACACCCACCGCGUCCUGGUCCGCUUCAGUGGAAGGAACCGCCCUCCUCUGUCCUUCAACAUCUCUCUGGAUUUCAUCAUCUUGUAUUUCUUCUCCGAUCGCAUCAAUCAGGCCCAGGGAUUCGCUGUCUUAUACCAAGCUGUCAAGGAGGAACUACCACAAGACAGGCCCACUGUCAACCAGACCCAGGCCGAGGUGAUCACAGAGCAGGCCAAUCUCAACACCAGCGCUGCCCGGUCCUCCAAAGUCCUCUAUGUCAUCACCACCAGCCCCAGCCACCCACCCCAGACCGUCCCAGGUAGCAAUUCCUGGGCAUCAUCAAUGGGGGCUGGAAGCCACAGAGUUGAAGGAUGGACAGUAUAUGGCCUAGCAACCCUCCUCAUCCUCACAGUCACUGCCAUCGUAGCAAAGAUACUGCUGCAUGUCACGUUCAAAUCCCAUCGCGUUCCUGCUUCCGGAGACCUCAGGGAUUGUCAUCAGCCAGGGGCCUCUGGGGAAAUCUGGAGCAUUUUCUAUAAGCCUUCCACUUCAAUCUCUAUCUUCAAGAAGAAGCUCAAGGGUCAAAGUCAGCAAGAUGACCGCAACCCCCUCGUGAGUGACUGACCCCACCAUGGUCCAGGACACAAGGUCCCUCUUUGAGCUCAAGGCUGGUGGGGUCAACCUCCCCUGCGUGCCUCUGACCAACUUUCCCCUGCUGCUCUCUCCUCACGGCCCCCUCUGGCUGGGCUACCCUCCUACAGACUGGGAAGAAGCUGUGCUCCAGGGGCAAGGCACAGCCUGAAGUCCUCCUGUUUCUCCAGCUACCCCGGAGCCCGGCCCUCCCCAUGUCUCUCUGACCCAGCCAUGGGGAUGCCGGGAUGGUGGAGCCAAGAAGAUGGAGACGCUGGAGGCCAGCCUUGGGCUCAGACACAUUCUGGGUGGCUGUAGGGUGGUGGGUAGGUCAGCAUAUGUCAAGUUUUUCUUGAUUCUCUGUUUGGGCCACAUACAGAUCAGUUCAUCCUGGUCAUCACGGUUUAGAACAGGACUGUCCUAGGAGAAUUCUCAGGUUCUUUUGAGGGCUGGGCUGUCUGGUCCUGUACAAGCAUGGACACCUGGGCGUUAGCACCCACAAAAGGUGAAGAGAGCCAGGGCUUCCUGCUGUGCUUGGUACUUUACUCUCUGGGUGCUGGGUGGGAAUGGGCAUCCCCCGAACUGGGAAGGCCUGAGAAUAGGGUCUCACCUUUCCUGUUUAUGUCAAACCCAACACCUUUCACACAGGCUUCUUUCCAGUGCUGCUUGAUGUGGCUCAGCUCCAGGGUUGGUCAUGUAAAACAUGGAGCAGUCCUUGCCAGGAGUCUUUAGGGGUACUCUGUACCUACAGGUUGGUUUGGAUUUUCAUGGCCUCCCCUGCAGCAGGUGCAGCCUGAGUCUCCACAUUCUCUCAGCCAACUCUCAGUUCAGAACAGGGAGGGAUAAAUAUCCUGACGCAGCCCCUGGGCAGCACUGUGUGAGACGUAGGGUCUACCACCCCCCUUAUGGCGCCUCCCAUUAAAAAAAAAAAAGAUAAAAAACACCCAGACUGGUGCUCUGCACUAAGCAGGCAGCAAAUACGGUUAGGAAUGGCUCACUAAGGGGGCCAAGGGAGUUCCUGGCCACAGCCCACGCCACCACAUCCCACACACAAGGAGAGGAACAGCAGCAGACUGAUGUGUGCAAAGGAGGCCUUGGGAACUGGAGGUCAUGCCAGGAUCGGCCCUAAGAUUGAGAGCUCCAGCUGCCUGGCGCGGCUGUGAGAGGGAAUGCCAUCUGUAACGUGCAAGUCCCCACCUUCCGGAAGCAGGCUUGUCAACAGCAGCUGGGGAGGGCAGCCUGGGCCUCUGCGGGCCAUGGCCAGGCCUUUAUCUGAGCAAGGUUUUCCCACAGGCACUUGGACCUUGGAGCUUGUUGUGUCUUUGGCCUCUUGCCCUUCUGUGUCCCCCACCUUCUUCCCCACACACACACUGGGGAGCACCCUGCUUACUUCCGCCAGGUCCAUAAAGCACUGACUACUGCAGCCCUUCCUGGAAUUCUGCCCUUCUCCCCAGUCUGUGCCCAGGUGCUCCUAAGAGGACAGAGGCUGGUGUGGGGGCAGCCAGCAAGUGUCUGCAGGGAGAGGUGACACUCAGCCAUCCGGGUCCAGGCGGGCGAGGGGCAUUUACAGAAGGGAAGUGGGAAGCAUGUCUGUGGGGGCGGGGCGCUGUCCUGCUGGGAGUGAGGAGCAGCACGCAGGACUAUCUGCCAGCUUUGAUCUGGAGCAGCUGGCCACUGAGCCCGUCACACACGAGGGCUGCGGAAGCAGACAGACAUGUGCAGUCUCCCCCCAGCCCCCAGCCAGUCAUGGCUUCUGGGGAAUUUCCCCUCAAAGGCCAGCGUCAGGUGUGCAUUCACCCAGGGCCCGGCGCUGAGAGCAGAUGCAUGCGCAACACAGUGGGUGUGGGUGUGUGGCAGUCAGCCCUGGGAGGGGGCCUGCCUGGCCUCAGCAGUUGUUCAGCCACCCUGGCCAAUGUCAGUUGCUGGCCUUGGGGCUCCAGGCCCACACCCCAAACUGUACAUUGUCUGAGGAGCAGCUGGAGCACGCCUUUCUCACAGAGCCCAAGAAGGGCUAGUGAUGUCCCCCGCAUCCCAGGUCCUUCUCCAGGCCCAGCCCAGCACCUCUGGAAUCGACUUCCAAUCCAGGAAGCAGCUCCAAGAAACCCAAGCCUGCCUCAGGACAGCACAGGAAGACCGGGGCCAUCCAUGGUCCCUCCCAUAAAACAUCGCUGCAGCCACAGUCUACCCUCAGGGCCUGUCAGUAACAGGGCCUCUGGUGACCAAAGACACCUGACAAGAGAUGACAUAUGCUAUAAGGAGAAAGCAUUUGAUCUUGUAGGACACACCUUUAGAAGUGAAAAAAAGGUUGAAAAUCACUGGAAAAGAGCCAUUGUGAGCCAAGCCCAGAUGAACACAAAGUA